UCUUGUUACUAUAUAUAUAAACUUUCCAUUCGUAUUAGCAAAUAAAAUUUUUUUUUCAGUAUUGAUCACUGAAGUGAUUAGGAAAUCGCUUAUGUUAAAUUUUGCUACAAAUUUUUAAAAUAUCUUGCGUUGACGAAAUCCAAAAAUGAUUUUCGAUAUUUUUAAUUUGCUUCUGGUGGUAUUUCUUAUUUCAAAUCAACCAUCUUUCAUUGAAACCACUGAGACAAAUUCAGAGUGUCAGGUAUAUCAGCUUAGAAAUGGUUAUGUUACAUUAAAUAAAAAUAAUGACACUGCGACGAUACACUGCAAUAAAAAUUAUUCAAAAAAUAAAGAUUACAUUAUUUAUUGCAGUUAUGGAAUGUGGAUAAAUCAAUUCGUUGUUCGUUGCAUUCAUAAUGACUGCUUAAAUAGUCCUUUGCAUUAUACUCUUAGAAAUGGUUAUGUUUCAUCUACUCAUAGAAUUACUUCGAAAGUAGAUUUAAAAUAUACAUGCCGUAAUAAUUAUGAAUUAAAUGGACCAUGGAUGUCACGCUGCAUUGAUGGAAAAUGGUCAAAUCCUCCUCCUGUAUGUAAAUCAAAUGUAACAGAAAAUGCAUCUUUUAUAGAAAACAAAUCAACAGAUUUAAAGUGUUAUCCAUACAAACAAAAAAAUGGACAAGUUACAAUAAAUGAAAGGGGUGAUCGUGUGACAGUAAACUGCAAUUCAAAUUAUUCAAAAACUGGGGAUUCAAAUAUUUACUGUAGUGAUGGAAUGUGGAAGAAUAAAAUUAAUUUUUAUUGUAAACAUAAUGAUUGUUUAAAUAGCCCUUUGCAUUAUACUCUUGAAAAUGGAAUUGUUUCUUCAACUCGUACAUUUUCUUCUGACAUAAAAUUAGAGUAUAGUUGUAGAAAUGAUGAUUAUGAAUUAGAAGGAUUUAGGUGGUCAACUUGCAUUGAUGGAAGAUGGUCAAAUACUCCUCCUGUAUGCAAAUUUAAAGAUUUAAAGUGUACGCCAUUCGAGAUUGAAAAUGGACAAGUUACAAUAAAUGAAAUGGGCGAUCGUGCAACAGUAAAGUGCAACUCAAAUUAUUCGAAAUCUGCAGAUUUAAUUAUUUACUGCAGUAAUGGAAUAUGGAUGAAUAAACCUCAGAUUCGUUGUAUUCACAAUGAUUGCUUAUAUUUACUUAGUAGACCACGUCCUUUGCAUUACACACUUGAACAUGGACAUGUUUUUCCCAAAAGUACUGAUAAUUCUGACGUAGAAUUAGAAUAUAGAUGCAAAAAUGAUGAUUAUGAAUUAAUUGGAUUUAGAUGGUCAUUCUGCAGGGAUGGAAAAUGGUCAAAUCCUCCUCCUGUAUGUGAAUUAAAUGAAUCAGAAUAUGAAGGACUUGAUUAAUUGUUAUCAAUUAUUUGUACAAGUAUAAAAAAAUAAAAGUUUCAUAUUGACAAAUUAUAAA